AUAUAUAAUAUAAAUUAAAUAAAAAAUUUAAAAAAGAUAAACUUUUAAAAUAAGAUGAAAAUUACUAUUGCUUUUAUUCUUUCAGUCGCAACUCUCUUUGCUACUGUUUAUUGUUAACAAGAAAACUUUGCUUAAAAGGAAGACGAUAUUUGCUCAAGACAAGGAUUCUACUCAUGUAGACUUAGUCUUGGCUGCUAUUAUGAUGGUGCCACAGCUUCUUGCAGAAAGAUAUAAUAAAAGGAAUAAACUGAAAAGCUUUCAUAAGAAUAUGAUCAUUGCAAAAAUCUUGGUUCAUAUGCUUGUUCAUCUUCUAGAGGAUGUACUCCUGACGGAAAUGGUGGAUGCAGAAAGAUUUCUACCUAAAAUUCAAAUGGUGCCUUGAAAACUAAAUCAACUCCUAACCCUGAAAAUGGAAUCAACAAAGAUGACGACCAUUGCUCUAGAAUAGGAUUCUACGCAUGUAGUUCUGAUAGAGGAUGUAUGAUUAACCCUUAUACUGGUUAAUGCUAAAAACUUUCUGACUAAGUAAAACAAUCUAAUCAAACUAGUGAAAAAUAACACACUAUAGAAUAAUCUGUUUCUGAUGACAUUUGCACCAGAAGAGGUUUUUAUGCUUGCAGUUCCGAUGUAGGAUGUUGGAUUGACCCUUACACUGGUCAUUGUGCUAAAAUUCCUCAAUAAGUAAAGACUUUGUAAGAUUCCUACGAUCAUUGUUAAAACCUUGGUUUUUAUGCUUGCUCUUCUUCUAGAGGUUGCACUCUUGAUGGUAAUGGCAGAUGCAAGAAAAUUUAACCUUGA